AUGGGACUCCAAGCAGAUGAAGUUAAGGAUGAGAUUAAUACAUGGGCAGAAAAUGAAACCAAAGGCCUCAUCAAGGAUCUUGUGAGCCAUCUUAGUAGUGAUUUAAGGAUUGUCCUAGCAAAUGCGCUCUACUUCAAAGGAAGUUGGGAGAGGAAGUUUGAUGUAUCCCGGACGAGAAACAGAGAUUUUCACCUACUCAAUGGUGAAAAAGUUUCAGUCCCUUUUAUGACCUCUGCGUAUUCCCAAUAUUUUGGAUCCUUUGAUGGUUUCAAACUUGUCAAGAUCCCGUAUCAAGAGGGCGAAGAUGGAAGGCAAUUCUCAAUGUACAUAUAUCUUCCGAAUGAGAGAGAUGGGUUGCAAAAUUUGGUACAAGAAUUGGAGUCUAAUCAUUGGUUCUUGCAUAAUCUGUCCAACCUAAGAUUAGUUCAACUUAGUCCAUUCUUGAUUCCAAAAUUUAAGUUCACGUAUGAUUUUGAUUCUGAAGCCAUCAUCAAAAGUUUGGGACUGACGAGGCCUUUCGAACCUCGUGGAGAGCUCACAGAAAUAUCAAGUGAAGUGAACGAGGAAGGAAUGGAGGCUGCGGCUGCUACCAUGAUGGGAUUGUGUGGAUGUUCUCGUUAUAGUGUGCCACCUCCAAAGCCAACCUUUGUGGCUGAUCAUCCUUUCGUCUUCAUGAUUAUGGAAGAAACAUCUGGGGCUGUGUUAUUCACUGGAGCUGUAAUCAAUCCUCUCCCGUAA